GAUCUGAGCUGGAGAUAGGGAUAGGGCCGGGCUCCUCGCCCUUUCCCCAAGCGCCUGCGCACUAGGCGGCCGCUCUUUGCCGUUACCGCUAGGUGUGGGGCGUGUGUGGAAUAACGUAUUGCCCAGCGGAGCUGAGAGGCCGGGAGCUCGAUCACAGCGACAGCGGCGACGACGAAGACGACAACGACAGGGUGGGGGAGGACGGCGUGCCAGAGACUCACGGGACGCGACGCGCCCCGCCUUUCCCGUCCGGUCCCUCUCUCAGCGGUGAGGGGAUGACGUAGCUUUGCCAAAGACUUAGAAGCUAAGCAGAAAAUGAGCUUAACAUCCUGGUUUUUGGUGAGCAGUGGAGGCACUCGCCACAGGCUGCCACGAGAAAUGAUUUUUGUCGGGAGAGAUGACUGUGAGCUCAUGUUGCAGUCUCGUAGUGUGGAUAAGCAGCACGCUGUAAUCAAUUACGAUGCCUCUGCGGAUGAACAUUUGGUCAAAGAUUUGGGCAGCCUAAAUGGGACUUUUGUGAAUGAUGUAAGGAUCCCAGAGCAGACUUACAUCACCUUGAAACUUGAAGAUAAGCUGAGAUUUGGAUAUGAUACAAAUCUUUUCACUGUAGUACGAGGAGAGAUGAGGGUCCCUGAAGAGGCCCUAAAGCAUGAGAAGUUUACCAUUCAACUCCAGUUGUCCCAGAAAUCUACAGAACCAGAAUUGUCAAAGUCUGCAUGUGCCAAGAGCAUGGACUCAAAGGGAGCAGAGUCUGCACCCGAAGUACAGCACAAAGCACCAGAGGCACCGAAGUCAGAGGAGAAGGCUGCGGAUACUUCUGCCAUGCCCCGUGGCACUCCGUUAUAUGGGCAGCCUGCGUGGUGGGGGGAUGGUGAGGUGGAUGAAAAAAGAGCUUUCAAGUCAAACGGCAAAGCAGAAGAAAAGAAUCAUGAAGCCGGAACAGCAGGGUGCAGUUUAGAUGCCAAGCAAGUGGAGGAACAAUCUGCAGCUGCAAAUGAAGAAGUCCUUUUUCCUUUCUGUAGGGAACCAAGUUAUUUUGAAAUCCCUACGAAAGAAUUUCAGCAGCCACCACAAUUAACUGAAAGCACCAUUCAUGAAAUCCCAACAAAAGACACGAGUUCCCAUACGACAGGCGCAGGGCAUGCUUCCUUUACCAUUGAAUUUGAUGACAGUACCCCAGGGAAGGUGACUAUCAGAGACCACGUGACAAAAUUUACUUCUGAGCAGCGCCACAAGUCCAAGAAGUCUUCUCCUGGAACUCAAGACCUGCCGGGGAUUCAGACCGGAAUGAUGGCGCCGGAAAACAAAGUAGCGGACUGGCUAGCCCAGAACAACCCUCCGCAGAUGGUCUGGGAAAGAGCGGAAGAGGAUUCCAAGAGUAUUAAGAGUGACGUUCCAGUUUACUUGAAAAGGUUGAAAGGAAAUAAGCAUGACGAUGGUACACAGAGCGAUUCCGAAAACGCCGGGGCUCACCGGCGCUGCAGCAAACGGGCGACUCUGGAGGAGCACUUCCGGCGCCACCACUCAGAGCAGAAAAAGCUGCCGAAGGGCCAGGCUCCCGAGAAGCAUCCAGACCAAGCUGUUGUAAGUCAAACUGCUUUUAUGGUCGCGUUCUUUGAGGAGGACCACCCCAGAAAAAGAAGGUCACAUUCCUUUUCUCAGAGUGCGGGGAUCCUGUGUGAGGACACUGCUUUCUCAACACCACAUACAAAACUUGAAAACCCCCAGUCUCCAACAGCAGACGCCAAAGUGGUUUCUUUGUCUUUACAGACUAGCUCUGCGCAUCACAGAGGGGGGCAUGGUGUCCCGCAUGGGAAAUUGUUAAAGCAGAAAUCAGAGGAGCCAGCGGUGUCAAUCCCCUUCCUACAAACUGCAUUGUUAAGAAGUUCAGGGAGUCUCGGGCACAGACCGAGCCAGGAGAUGGAUAAAAUGUUAAAAAAUCAAGCCACUUCUGCUACUUCUGAAAAGGAUAAUGAUGAUGACCAAAGUGACAAGGGUACUUAUACCAUUGAGUUAGAGAAUCCCAACAGUGAGGAGGUGGAAGCAAGAAAGAUGAUUGACAAGGUCUUUGGAUUAGAUGACAAUCAGGACUAUAAUAGGCCCAUUAUCCGUGAGAAACAUAAAGAUCUGGUAAAAGACUGGGCUCUCAGUUCUGCUGCAGUAGAAGAAAGGAAGCCGCUGUGCACUCCUGGGUUUCACAACUCAGAGGAACUCCCACCUUCUUCCGGAAGCAAGCGUUGGGUUUCACAGUGGGCUAGUUUGGCUGCUAACCACACGAGGCACGAUCAGGAAGAAAGGAGACUGGAACUGUCUGUACCUGUUCCUUUAGAGAAUGAUGCAGAUAUCAAUGACUCUGGCAUUUCCAUGCGAAGUACCGGCUCGGCUACUUCCUUGGCCGGUCACGGAGAGAGGAGGAGACGGACCCUCCCCCAGCUGCCGAAUGAAGAGAAGUCCCUGGAGAACUCCAGAGCCAAGGUUAUGAGCCAGAGGUCAGAGAUAGGAGAAAAGCAAGACACGGAGCUUCAGGAGAAGGAAGCCCCGGCCCAGGUGUACCAGAAGGAUAAGCAGGAUGCUGAGAGAGCCCUGAAACCGAGCAGGGCGGUGAACGGGGAGCCUCUGAACAGCGGCGGGGACAGUAAAGUCCUGCUGCCCUUGGUCAGCUCCUCCCCCGCGAAGGAGAAAGGGGAGGCGGAUAAGGAGGUGUCUUUGGUAAAGCAAACAUUAGCCAAACUUCAGCAACAAGAGCCAAAGGAGCAGGUCCAGUGGACCCCUAAAUUGUCUUCCAAAAAUGCCUCAGGUCCGGUGGACAGAAGUAGGGAGGAAUCUUUUAAACAGGAGUCACUCUCUCAAGAAAAAAUUCCAGGACAUUCCGCAAGCAAAGGAGAAAGGGUGGUACAAAGCGAGGGCAAGCGAAGAAAAGCUGAGGACAUUCUGAAAAGCCACACUUCGAAGGGAGGAGACAAGAAGGAAUCCUCCAAGUCCUUAGUGCGACAGGGAAGCUUCACUAUAGAAAAGCCCAGCCCCAACAUCCCCAUAGAACUUAUUCCGCAUAUCAAUAAGCAGACUUCGUCCACACCCCCAUCUCUGGCCCUGGCAUCCAGCAGAAUACGCGAAAGGAGUGACUCCAUGGAAACGGAUUCCAGUAUGGACACAACCCUUAUUCUAAAAGACACGGAGGCAGUGAUGGCUUUUCUAGAAGCUAAACUGCGUGAAGAUAAUAAAGCCGAUGAAGGCCCAGAUACUCCCAGUUAUAACAGAGACAACUCCAUCUCACCGGAAUCGGAUGUGGACACAGCUAGUACAAUCAGCCUGGUGACCGGGGAGACCGAAAGGAAGUCGACCCAGAAGCGCAAGAGUUUCACCAGUCUCUAUAAAGACAGGUGUUCUUCGGGUUCUCCUUCCAAAGAUGCUGCAAAAUCAUCUUCUGGUGCCAGGGAGAAAAUCGAAAAGAAAACGAAAAGCCGUUCCACAGAUAUAGGUUCAAGAGCGGAUGGGCGUAAGUUCGUGCAGUCCAGUGGAAGAAUAAGACAGCCUUCGGUGGACUUAACCGAUGACGACCAGACCUCCAGCGUACCUCAUUCUGCCAUCUCUGACAUUCUGUCGUCCGAUCAGGAAACCUACUCUUGCAAACCGCACGGAAGGACUCCGCUUACCUCAGCCGAUGAGCACGCGCAUUCCAAACUGGACGGAAGCAGGGCGAGCAAGUCCAAGACUUCUCCUGCCGCGCCUGGUUCAUCCAGUAAAUCCACCACUCUUCCGAGGCCACGACCCACCAGGACUUCCCUCUUGCGCCGAGCUCGACUUGGUGAAGCUUCAGACAGUGAACUUGCCGAUGCUGACAAAGCAUCCGUUGCUUCUGAAGUGUCCACAACAAGUUCAACAUCAAAGCCUCCCACAGGAAGGCGGAACAUCUCUAGGAUUGAUUUACUGGCUCAGCCUCGGAGGACCCGGCUGGGCUCGUUGUCAGCUCGAAGUGACUCAGAAGCCACCAUCUCUAGAAGUAGUGCCUCUUCACGGACCGCAGAAGCCAUCAUUCGAAGUGGAGCCAGAUUGGUACCUUCAGAUAAGUUUUCUCCUAGAAUCAGAGCCAACAGUAUCUCUCGACUCUCAGACUCCAAGGUCAAAAGCAUGUCCUCAGCGCAUGGCUCCCCUUCAGUAAAUUCAAGAUGGAGGCGCUUUCCUACUGAUUAUGCUUCCACCUCAGAAGAUGAAUUUGGAUCAAACCGUAAUUCCCCUAAACAUACCCGUCUACGUACUUCUCCAGCCCUGAAAACAACUCGGUUGCAGAGCUCUGGGUCAGCAAUGCCUACGAGUUCUUCGUUCAAGCACCGGAUAAAAGAGCAAGAAGACUACAUCCGAGACUGGACUGCCCACCGAGAAGAGAUAGCCAGGAUCAGCCAAGAUCUCGCUCUCAUUGCUCGGGAAAUCAACGACGUGGCGGGAGAGAUAGACUCGGUGACAUCCUCGGGCACCGCCCCCAGCACUACAGUAAGCACUGCCGCUACCACCCCCGGCUCUGCCAUAGACACUAGAGAAGAGGUAGGAGACCCUCACGGAGCCAUGCACAAGUUGGUUGAUCGUGUUUUUGAUGAAAGUCUCAACUUCCGCAAGAUCCCCCCACUGGUUAAUUCUAAAACACCGGAAGGAAACAACUGUCGAUCUGGUGAUUCAAGACCCCAGCCCACAGAGCCGCCCGAUCACCUGACAAUUACCAGGCGGAGGACCUGGAGCAGAGAUGAAGUCAUGGGGGACAACCUGCUGCUGUCAUCUGUGUUCCAGUUCUCCAGGAAGAUCCGCCAGUCCAUAGAUAAAACCGCUGGGAAGAUCAGAAUAUUAUUUAAAGAUAAAGAUCGGAAUUGGGACGAAAUAGAAAGCAAAUUAAGAACCGAAAGUGAAGUCCCUAUCGUGAAAACCUCAAGCAUGGAGAUUUCUUCCAUCUUACAGGAGCUAAAAAGAGUUGAAAAGCAGCUGCAAGUGAUCAACGCCAUGAUUGACCCGGACGGGACUCUGGAGGCUCUGAACAGCAUGGGGUUUCCCAGUACGCUCCUGCCGUCGCCACCGAAGCAGAAGUCCAGUCCCGUGAAUAACCACAGCAGCCCGGGCCAGACGCCGUCCCUCUGCCCCGCAGAAGCUCGGGUUCUGCACCCCGCUGGUGUUUCGGUCUCGGCCGAAUUUGACAACGCAGAAUCCGAGGCCGACUUCAGCAUCCAUUUCAACAGGUUCAACCCCGAUGGGGAAGAGGAGGACAUCACCGUCCCCGAGUGACUUUCUCGUGACUGUUAGGAAGUGAUCACCUGUGGAAUGACCAGGAAUGCUGGCAGCGGCGUGGUGUUGACUUGCACAAAACAAGACAGCUUGGUCAAGUACAAUCUUGUUAUCUCUGGCUUUUUAAUUUUAUUUAUUUAUUUUCCCCUCUAACGUGGUAGCAUAUUCAUCCUUUCCAGCCACUUAGAUAGCCACUUGGUGCACACAUAGGAAAAAGCAGAUUGUGGCGAUUUCACCUUUUGUGGUUUUAUGAUGUUCAAAUUGAAUAUAAUUACAUCCUUUCCCUGCAUAGAUUUUUGUUUCUGUUUUUUUAAGCUGUGCUGUGACCUACAAGCAAGCUAAACGCCCAACCUUUCUGACCCCGUGUCUCCUGUGCCAAGCUGCUCCCUGAAACGGACUUUUCUCUUCACCUGUAUAGAUUUGUUAAACACUUAUAUUUACUUCUCAAUAAUAGGAUUUAUAUUAGUACUCAUCGCCAUUGGAUACAGCGAUAUCUAACUCUCCACAGUCAAACUGACCUUUUAAAAAAGUCACUCUUAUGUUCUAAAAUUUUCCAACAUACAUGUGAUUUAUAUAAUUCUGUUGCUACGUAAAUUGUCUUGGGGUUUACGGAGAUGAACUAUUAUGUUUGCACUAAGAUUUUGCUGGGAGUGGUCGGUGGGCGCACCUGUAGAUCAGUAAGGACUAACCGCCUUUUCUGUACAUAGGAGACUGAUGAUGAUACUGUAUUUGUUUUAACCCGACAGCGUUUUACUCCACUUUCAAAAAAGAUGAAUUUGGCACUUUUUAAAGUUUUUUUUUUAUGCAAGUAAGAUUUUCUCUCUCACCUUAGGGUCAAUGAUAACUAGAGAGAUUAAACUGGACAGACAGUGUAGGUGGAGUGUAUUUUUAAAGCUAAGAACAUGUAUGUUGGUCCCGUGUUACCGACUUUCUGUGUGACAGUUGAGAAAACAAAGUCCCUGGAACGAUCAUGAAGUGAAGAUUUUCUGCAUUAGGACACUUGGAGAACCAUAAGUAGUCAUAAGCCUAGUUGAUAGUUUCACUCCCAGGCAGAGCGAAUUGCUUCUGUGUGUUUCCCUGUAGGACCCGAUAGUGAACUCUGUCUCAGUCUUUCUUACUCAUUUAUAAGGACUCUGCAAGACGACAGCGACAAAGGCUUUGGGCCUGUGUUACUCAACAGAAAGCCUAUGAAAAAUAUCUUCUGUAAACUAGUUUUUUUCUCUUUCCAGUAAGGUCACAUUUGGAUAAGUUUUGAAAGAAAGCAAGUAUCUCUGUGUUUCCAGAACACUAUAAUUUGGGUGAAUCUUAAUUCAGUUCAACAUUAUUAGUAGAUUUGGAGUUUCCCCUUGACACCAUCAGUUUAUAAAGGUUAAAACUACAACCUUUGCAAAUUAAUGAAAUGGUCUAAAAUAUAUUAGCAAUAAUCCUGUGCUACAUUUGUGUUAAGAAACUAACUAUACACUGCAGAACUUUACAGGAUUUUAUAAAAAUCCAGUAUUGUUGGGCCAGUUAAUAAAGAUGCAAAAAGAAAAGCAAAAAAUACCCUUUUGUAGAGAUGAGAAAACAAAAGUCUGUUGUGUGAUGGACCUCAUAUUUUUCUUUAAAGUUUUUUUUAAAAAAGGGUAAAUGAACUAUUCUCCUGAUGAAGCUAAAUACCCUGUUCUGAUAAAGGAACACUGAAAAAAUGUUUUAAAGAACAUGAACGGAAAGACAUAAAUGCUUUGAAAGGAUGAAUGAAACAUUGAAAUAGGCUCGGUCCAUUUGAAGAACCAGUGAAACAACAUCAAUUGUCCCUUCUUUUAUUGAAUGUUUGGGUACCGAUUAUGUCCCCGGGGAGUAGAAGGUAAGGAGUUGAUUAGGAACACAUUAGCAUCCGUUUCCUUACAUUAUCGUUUAAGUGUUUACACAGGUUUGUUUAAACAUUUGGCCUUUUACUAUGUUAUUUUUAUUUUUUAAUGAAUACAUUAUUCUCCUUAUUUAUUUUUGUUACAUUUAUUACUUAUGUUAUUUUGUUAUGCAUUUACAACUCCAUUUUUAAAUAAAGUGUUUCUGGAACUUUAUACAAUGAUUGCACAUUUUGUUUCUUCUGCCAUCUGGAUUGCUAAUACUCAUCACUUUGACAAAUGGCCAUUCACACACCAUUUUUUCAGAGCCCCACAAAGGGGCGGUGCUCCAGCUCCGAUCCAUGUGUGAGAAGAGCCAGGAGAUGAGAGGAGGUGAAGACUGCGCCAUCUUCUCUCGACGUUUCCAGGCAGAUGCUCCCAGACCAGACCCCAGGCAUGCACGUCAGACGGGAACCUUUGGCGGGUUGUCCCGGGGAACUCCACGGUUUUCAUGCUGUUUUCCCAGAGGUGGGUCCAUGGCUGUUCCCGUUGGGCCGGCCACAGGCGCCGUUGGCCAGUGGCCUGAGUGGACAGUACUGUGUCUGACUCAUUUUGGAAGCAAAUACAAAUUUCAGAAGAAGAACCAGAAUCAAGGAGCAUUGGAGCCCGUGGCUUAGAUGGGAGAACUGACAUGAGUAUCCGGUAUCCCCUCUUCUGGAGGGAAACCAGGUUUUGACCCGUCAGACCCGGGAGUGUUUCAUAUUUCUUAAGAGAAAUAGCUCACGGCCGCUGCUGGGCUGCCUCCGUGUCUCCAGCAACCCCUAGAAGUUGCAGGACAUCUUGCUAGUGCUCAUCACCAGUAUCAGUGGGCAUCAGGAAAGAGCCUUCGCCAUCACUGCAGUUACAGGGGUGGGCGAAGCGAUGCGCAGCAGUGCGGGGAAGGCAGGGGGCUCACCGAGGAUGAGGCAGAACACGUCAUCACCAUGAGGCAGACGCCACGCCAGCACAAGCUCCCAGACUGGCCCUCGAACACACGGAAGGACGUCAGGGGUGGAAAAUACAGCCAGUUCCUGACCCAUGGUCUGGAUGGUGAGCUCCGUGAAGACCUGGAGUGGUUGGCAAACUUCAGGCCCACGCAGCACUGCGGCCACUUCUGGGGACUUUGGGUUGGAGGCCAGCAGGUCAGGAUCACAGCUGCCUAACAACCCAACGCAUGCAGCCGGCGGAAGCAGAGCCAGGGUUUGAGCCCAGAUCAGUUCACCUGAAAUGGUCCCGGCAUGUUACUAACAGUCCCCCUUCACCCCAAAGUGUCUCUGUUUGGAUCACACACUUACAUGUUUACCCAGGUUUGAGGACAGCGCUGCCCACCACUCCCUGCUGCCUCC